AUGUCAGCCCAGCAAGACUUGAAGCAGCCUCCCAUUGAGGAGAGCGAAAAGGGCGAAGAGAAGUUGGCGACACCACACACGGAAUCCAAUACGUCAGAUCGCCUGGAGGAGACUUCCAACACGGAACAGACAGGCGACAAGGAGGAUAGCACGGCUACAAGGGCCCGCGACCGAAAAGAGAGGUUCAAGGCACUCCAAGCACGCGCAAAAUCCGCGAAUGAACGCAAUUUGAAAGAGACAGCCGCCGAAACCCAGCGUUUAGCAACCGACCCCUCCCUACUAUCCUCGCUAUCGCGCAAACAUGCCUUUGCCUCGCACAACCUACUCAAAGCUGACACAGAGGCUGCUGGAGAGGAUUUCGAGCGUAAACGCGCAUGGGACUGGACCAUUGACGAAUCCGAGAAAUGGGACAGGCGGAUGGAAAAAAAGCAGCGCCAUCGAGACGACGUUGCAUUCCAAGACUAUACUCAGGAUGCGCGGAAAGUGUACAAGAGACAGCUCCGGGAGAUCAAACCUGACCUUGAAGGAUACGAGAACGACAAAAUGGCAGCGAUCGAGAAGGCUGCUGCAAAUGGCGACCUUGAGAUUGUCGAAACCGCCGAUGGGGAAAUGAUUGCGGUGGAUAAGAACGGCACGUUCUACUCUACGGCGGACACGGUUGGAUUUACCGAGAGCAAACCCGAUCGCGCUGCUGUCGAUAAACUAGUUGCGGACCUGAAGAAGGCCGAAGAGGUCCGUCUCAAGAAACGCAGAGACCGCCGCGGUGGCGAUGAUGAAGGCGACGUUACCUACAUCAACGAGAAGAACAAGCAGUUCAACCAGAAGCUGGCUCGUUUCUACAACAAGUACACCACCGAAAUACGUGACAGUUUCGAGCGAGGUACCAUGAUAUGA